UUUAUUGACAUCGCACCUGUUUUUUAUUGGAUGGGAGGGGUUUGGGGUAUUAAUUUCAGAGAAUCUGUGAGCUUUAGGCUACUGAAACGGGAUUGUAUUGGGUGUGUUCCUUGUGUUUUCUGCAGUGCAGUUUGUCAUUGUGGAGACUGCAAACCAGAUUUUGACUGCCUUGCGAGAACCCUAGAACAUAAAAUUUUUUCAGAGUUUAUUUAAUAUUGGCAUGUCUGCUCUGAUAUCCUUUCUGUUGAUGGAAAGAAUGCAGCAGGAUUCUGUGGUGGACUUGUGAAAAUAAAGGAUGUUAUAAUACAUGGAGUUGCUAUGGUCCGUAGAGAGAGAGCUCAAAGAAUCAUAAUCAAAGAUUGAGUAGUUUUGAAGUUCUCAAUAACUACUUUUAGUGCUUGUAAUAACAAUCUACAUAGAGCUUUGAAUUGAACCCAUAUGCAUCUAGAAGCCUUGAAGUCAAAAAAGAAAAGUCUAAGUCACCAUGUGAAAGGAUCAAAGGAAUAAUGCAAAGUCAGCUUUUCUCAAUAACAUGAUGAAGGCCUUUUGGUCAACAAAAAUGUUGUAUUAAUAAGAAUGAUUUCCUUGAUUGCUAUUCAAGAUGCUCAAUUAAAACUCGAAAGUUCAAAUUCUAGCUAGAGAGGCUGAUGGGUGUAAUUGGUGCUUCACUUUCCUUUCUUCUCGUGACUCUUGCCCUCUGGACAAAAGCAACCUCUUCUCAGAUUUUAUUUCAGGGGUUCAAUUGGGAAUCAUGGAAAAAAGGUGGAUGGUACAACUUUUUAAGAAACUCUAUUCCUGAAUUGGCUAGUUCCGGCAUUACACAUGUUUGGCUUCCUCCAUCUUCUCAUUCUGUUUCAGCUGAAGGAUAUCUACCUGGAAGGCUCUAUGAUCUCAAUGCAUCGCAGUAUGGAAACCAAGAUGACCUAAAAGCUUUAGUGAGGGCCUUGCACAAAAUGGGGAUUCAGUGCAUAGCAGACAUAGUUAUAAACCAUAGAUGUGCAGAGAAGCAAGAUGAUAGAGGAAUAUGGUCAAUAUUUGAAGGAGGGACUCCAGAUGAUCGACUUGACUGGGGGCCAUCUUUCAUUUGCAGCGAUGACACUCUUUACUCUGAUGGAAAAGGAAAUCCUGACACUGGAGCUGACUUCAAUGCUGCUCCAGAUAUUGAUCAUAUAAACCUGCGGGUACAAAGUGAGCUAUCGGAUUGGAUGAAUUGGCUAAAGAAUGAAAUUGGUUUUGAUGGGUGGCGAUUUGAUUUUGCGAGAGGAUAUUCACCAAGUUUUACUAAAAUAUACAUGGCAAACACCAAACCAAGUUUUGCAGUGGGGGAAAUAUGGAAAGAUCUUGCUUAUGGAAAUGAUGGAAAGCCUGAAUACAACCAGGAUGCUCAUCGGCUUGACAUUGUGGAAUGGAUCCAAGCUGCUGGUGGAGAUGUUACGGCAUUUGACUUCACAACUAAAGGAAUACUCCAAACAGCAGUUGGAGGUGAGCUGUGGCGGUUGAAUGACUCAAAUGGAGGACCUCCUGGAGUGAUUGGCUUGUUGCCAGGGAAUGGUGUCACUUUCAUUGACAAUCAUGAUACAGGUUCCACACAAAAUCAUUGGCCAUUUCCAUCAGAUAAAAUCAUGCAGGGAUAUGCUUAUAUUCUCACCCAUCCAGGGAUCCCAUCAAUAUUCUAUGAUCACUUUUUUGACUGGGGUCUGAAAGAAGAGAUUUCAAAGCUUAUUGCAGUCAGAACCAGGAACCAUAUCAGACCCAACAGUGUUAUGCAAAUUCUAGCAAGUGAUGCCGAUCUCUACAUGGCUGUUGUAGAUGAGAAGAUCAUUGCCAAGAUUGGACCAAGGUCUGAUAUUGGGGACCUUGUCCCUCCAACAUUCCAACUUGCAGCUUCUGGACAAGAUUACAGUGUGUGGGAGAAAAAAGUUCUAAGGUAAUUAAUAACAAGUGAAUCAUUCGUUCAAUUAGUUGAUGACAAUGUGUGAAUUUGGGUUUAACCUUCAUGAUACAAUCCAAAAUGGAUUGAAACACUGAUUCAAUCCAUUUGCUAUCUGUACACAUUGUUUAUGCAUAUAAGCUGGAAGAUUGUAUGCAUUGGAUACAAUGGUCGUUUGUAAUGGAGGUUUUAUUGGUGGUGCAAUAGAAUGAUGCUAUUUUCAGUGCAAGAAUUUGUUUGUCCACAAAAAUGAAGAGCAUUUUGAUAUGGGAA